CGUAUCGAGGACCAAUGGACCGAUAGGUCUGGUGAAAUGAAAACAUUGGGGCAAAAAAACGCGGAAAUUGUCAAUUAAUCUGUGCAAUCACAGGAUGGGGGACCAACAGCAGCUGAUCCUGGCCACCGGUGGUUAUGACCACACCAUUAAGGUGUGGCAGGCGCACACGGGCAACUGCAUUAAGACGAUGAGAUUCGUGGAGACCUCGCAAGUGAAUGCGCUAGACAGGACACCGGAUAAGACGCGACUGGCGGCGUGCGGAUACCAGUGCAUCCGGCUGUACGACCUGGAGUCCAACUGCACCGCACCGGUGAUCAAUUUCGAUGGCGUGCAAAAGAAUGUGACGCGACUUGGCUUCCAAGAGGACGGCAAUUGGAUGUUCACCGCCGGCGAGGAUCAUCACGUGCGGAUCUGGGACAUGAUUGCCGCACCGCCACACUGUUCCCGGAUCUUUGAUUGUGAGGCGCCGGUAAAUGCCGCCUGUUUGCAUCCCAACCAGGUGGAGAUCGCCAUGGGCUCACAAAAUGGCAGCGUCUUUCUGUGGGACGUCAAGUCGGAGCGGCACGAACGCAUCGUGCCCGAGGUGGACGCAUCCAUUCAGGAUGUUGCCAUCUCGCCGGAUGGCAGAUACUUGGCGGCGGCCAAUAACAAGGGCAACUGCUACAUCUGGUCGCUGACCAGUCAGGAUCAGAAGAUGAGCACGCUGCGGCCGAACAGGAAAAUUCCGGCCCACUCUCGCUACAUACUGCGCUGCAAAUUCAGUCCCGAUUCCAGGCUACUGCUGACGACAUCCGGCGAUGGCACUGUGUGCAUUUGGAAGACGGAUGACUUUAGCAAAUGGCGCGAGCUGUGCAUCGAGAACUAUUGGGUGUGGGAUGCCGCCUUUAGCGCCGAUUCUAAAUGGCUGUUCACAGCCUCAUCCGACGGCAUUGCACGACUGUGGAAGCUGCAGACAAAGAGUUCGAUUAGGGAUUAUACUGGUCACACCAAGGCCAUCACUGCCCUGUCCUUCAAGGACGAGAUCGUGGGCAAAUAGCAGUAGUUGUAGUAGUAGUAGUAGUAGCUAGCGGCUAGAGUCUAGGCACUUUGUAAGUGGCUCCUGGUGGCGGAUUUUCAUUUGGCUUUCCCCAAAGAUUGGCCUACUAGUUUUAGUCAUUCUACCAAUUAGCUGGCUUAAGUCCACACAAAAUGAAUGGCAAUUGUAAUGGUUUGUUAAGCAUCGCGGUUUUAGUUUCUACUCUUAAUUAGACUCAAUGUUUUAGUUCAGCUUACGUUUCCCAAUUAGAUGCAUAUAUAUAAAAUGGUAAUUCAUAGUCUCAAAAAAAUUGAUAUCCUUAAUGUUUGAAAAACUGCCAGCAGUGCUCAUUAAUUCACUUCCGAACUUAAUUACGAUCUAUCUUAAGCCAGUUAAAUCAACAAAUAUCUCAGAUGUACAAUCAUCCGCAAAACCGCCAACCCAGCGAGACAAUCCGCCAGGAACAAAUAAUUUGGCAUUUUUUGAAACAGUGGGGAGAGUAGCAAUGAAUCCAUAUAUGGGCAACACGACAACUGAACUGAACUGAAGCAUCAACUAAAACAACAUCCACACAACAAUUGAACAGAUUAAUGAGAAUACCUCUGAAAAUGAGCGCUUGGCUUUUGUAGCGACUUUUUCAUAAUUUAUAAACCUUUGAUACAUAAUUAUAUUACGACUAAAUCGUUUGUAUGCAAAAUGCAAUUUGAAUAAAAAUCUUAUCAGCGUACAUACACAUACAAUACAG